UUGAUUAUUUACAUGCUGAAACAGCAUCGUCACGAUUGUGAUUGUCAACCAGCACAUGCCAAUCCAACAAUCUAAAGUUUUCUGAAUAGAAAAUGGAGAAGUUUAGCGUAGUAACACAAAGUCAAGUUAAUGUGCGAGUCACGAGCUCUGCAAAUUCAUUUGGGACAGAGAAAAGAUUCCCAAAAGACUUGACAAUUGCAGAUUUUAAGAACAAAUUGGAGCUGUUAACAGGGUCAACACCUGGUAACAUGAAGCUGGAAGUUUAUGAUGCAGAUAACAAGUUAGUGUGUAAAUUAGACAAUGAUGAUGCACUCCUAGGUUCUUAUCCAAUAGAAGAUGGAAUGAGAAUACAUGUUAUAGAUCCAACAAUUAGAAUAGGCGAGUUUGAAGACGUCUCCAAAGUGCAAAAGUAUGAAAUGUCUGAGGAUGACUAUGCCCAAAAAAGAGAUUCUGUUCGAGCUUUUAAGGAAAGAAACAAAUUAGGGAGAUUCAAAGAGGUGGAUCCAGAGGAGCAGAAGAGAUUAGAUGAGGAAAAGGAAAGGAAAGAGCAGGAAAACAAAGAGAAAGCCGAGAGCAUGAAAACGGGGGACAGAUGUGAAGUAAGAGUCCCAAAUCAACCUACAAGAAGGGGUACAGUCAAAUAUGUAGGUUUAACAGAUUUCAAACCAGGAUACUGGGUCGGCAUUCAUUAUGAUGAACCUGUGGGAAAAAAUAAUGGAAGUGUUGGAGGUAAGAAGUAUUUUGAAUGUCCUGAUAAAUACGGAGGGUUCGUUCGACCUGAACACGUGGAAGUAGGGGAUUUCCCAGAGGAGGGUCUGGAUUUCAGUGACGAGGAUGAAAUUUAGGAACUUUUAAAAAAUUUCAAAAAAUGUGUUCUAGAAGUGUAUAUGUUCAAGGUUGAAAGUGCUUCAAGUCAGCUGUAGUGGUUGUAAAAUGAAAAUAUUACAUUUAAUUUUCUUGCAAGGUUUCAAAACAUGAAACUUAGCUUGCUUGCAUUGUACUUUUCCUGCACAAGUACAUGUAUUUACACGAUAUAAGAAAAUAUUUUGUUGAUUUAAUUGUAGAUCUUUCUGUCAUGCAAAAAUUAUUAUUUGCUGAUUUCAUUACCCUUUUCAUUCAAAACCAGAUUUAUAAAUUUUUGUAUUUUGUAUGCUACUUAUGCAAAUGUUUAUUUGUGACUCAGUGUGAACAAAAGAAUAGAAUUGUGAACAGUGGAUAUGCCAUUACACAUUGAUACUGGACACAUAAUAAAGCUUAUUAUGACGAAAAUUGUAUGUAUGUUCUAAAAUUAAUUAAUUAUGAUAACA